AUGGACACUAAAACCAUUGGAAUUCUCGGCGGAGGCCAGUUGGGCCGUAUGCUUGUGGAAGCUGCUCACAGACUUAAUAUCAAAACAAUCAUCUUGGACCAGCCAAACAGUCCUGCUAAGCAAAUCAAUGCUUUAGACUCUCACGUCGAUGGUUCAUUCACUGAAUUGGAUGCUAUCACCAAACUCGCUAAGAAGUGUGAUGUGUUGACAGUGGAGAUCGAACAUGUGGAUGUGGAGGCGUUGAAAUCCGUAUCCAAGUCUCUCAACAUCCCAAUCUACCCACUUCCUGAAACCAUCAAGCUUAUUCAAGAUAAAUAUUUGCAGAAGACCCACUUGAAAUCCCACGGUGUGGGCGUCGUGGAAUCUGUGGAUGUUGAAGAAAACACUCCCGAGGCCUUGGCCGCCAUUGGUGACUCCUACGGUUACCCUUACAUGUUGAAGUCCAGAACUUUGGCUUACGAUGGUAGAGGAAACUUUGUGGUCAAGAAUGCAGAGUCCAUUGAUGAAGCCUUGACCUUUUUGGCCAACAGACCUUUAUACGCAGAGAAAUGGUGUCCGUUCCUGAAGGAAUUGGCCGUUAUGGUGGUCAGAGCACUCGAUGGUGAGGUGUAUUCGUACCCAACAGUUGAAACCGUUCAUAAAGAGAACAUUUGCCAUUUAGUUUAUGCCCCAGCCCCCAUCUCGGACACUUUGCAGCAGAAAGCGCAGAUUCUUGCCCAAAAUGCUGUCAAAUCCUUCCCUGGUUGUGGUAUUUUCGGCGUGGAAAUGUUUUUGCUUCCUAAUGGAGACCUUUUGAUUAACGAGAUUGCUCCAAGACCUCACAAUUCGGGCCACUACACAAUCGAUGCAUGCGUGACCAACCAGUUUGAGGCUCACAUUCGUGCUGUGGCUGGCUUGCCAUUGCCAAAGAACUUCACCAAGAUGGCCACUUCCGCCACUAAUGCCAUUAUGCUCAAUGUUUUGGGUGAAGAUAACAAGAACGGCGAGUUGGAAUUAUGUCGCCGUGCAUUGGAAACCCCGAAUGCAUCGGUCUACUUGUACGGAAAGGAAAGCAAGCCCAAGAGAAAAAUGGGCCACAUCAAUAUCGUGGGUUCAUCCAUGGAAGAGGCCAAAGCCAAGUUGGACUACAUUUUGGGCCAAGAGGCCAGUCUUCCAGCAGAAGUGGCCGAAAAGGAGAAACCUUUGGUGUCCAUUAUCAUGGGGCUGGACUCUGACUUGCCCGUGAUGGCUGUAGGUGCCAACAUCUUAAAGAAGUUUGGUGUUCCAUUUGAAUUGACUAUUGUAUCUGCCCACCGCACACCUCACCGGAUGUCAAAGUUUGCUAUUGAGGCAGCUUCCAGAGGCAUCAAGGCAAUUAUUGCCGGCGCAGGAGGUGCAGCCCACUUACCAGGAAUGGUGGCUGCCAUGACUCCAUUACCGGUCAUAGGAGUUCCGGUUAAGGGCUCUACACUCGACGGAGUUGAUUCGUUGCACUCCAUCGUUCAAAUGCCUCGUGGAAUCCCCGUCGCUACCGUGGCCAUCAACAACAGCACCAAUGCUGCCUUGUUGGCUAUCAGAAUUUUGGGUGCCUACGACUACAAGUGGUUGGAGGAGAUGUCCAAGUACAUGUCCAAUAUGGAGGAAGAGGUGUUAACUAAAGCCGAGAGAUUGGAGAGAGUGGGCUUUGAGAAGUACUAA